AUGAGUGAUCCUGAUGUACCACCCGAAAGACCAAAAUAUAGAGCUGGUCGCAAACCAACCGCUGUCAAGAUUUAUACUGUGAACCACGAGUCCAAAUAUUUAGUUGUAGAAAAUGUACCGGCGUUGGGCCUAAGUAAAGAAUUAAUAGAACUUUUUUCCCUUUAUGGAGCUAUUGAAGAAUAUCGGUAUUUAGAUGAUUAUCCAUGUGAAAAAUUUACAGAUGUAUAUUGGAUAAAAUUUCAAUCAAUUGCUCAGGCUAGCGCUUAUCUAAGAGUACGUUACGGACCUGAAUAUGAAACUAUCGAAGAUACACGACAAAAAUUACAGGAUAGGCGCAAUGUUGUUGCAAUCAAGACUCGCGAACAUGAUGAAAAUAAAGAUAAGGAUGUCAAAUUGACAACACUUAAUGCUACCACCACCUUCCCAUCAGCACAUUCUACAACAGAAUCCAUAUCAUCUUCAUCAUUGCCACCCACAAACAUCUAUCCACAAAAGUAUGAUCAUACCAAUUACACAUAUUCGGAUUAUUAUUAUUCAUAUCCUUAUUCAAUGUAUUAUAGUCAAUAUAAUCAAGAACCAUCAAUACCGGGUGUCGAUUAUCAACAUGGCCAAUAUAAUCAAGAACCACCAAUACCAGGCGUCGAUUAUCAAUAUAGUCAAUAUAAUCAAGAACCACCAAUACCAGGCGUCGAUUAUCAAUAUAGUCAAUAUAGUCAAGAACCACUCAUUUCCCACAACAAAUCCAACACUCAAACCCUUGCUAAAUACCUUGCCCUCGACCAAGGAGGUAAAGUCCAAGCCGAAUACAUUUGGAUCGAUGGCGAUGGCGGCAUCCGUGCUAAGACCACUACUCUCGACAACAAACCCGCUGACGUUUCUGAACUGAAAGAAUGGAAUUUUGAUGGUUCUUCUACCAACCAAGCUCCUGGUGAUAACUCUGAUGUUUUGCUUCGUCCUGCUGCUAUAUUUAAGGAUCCUUUCAGGGGUGGCGAUAAUAUUCUUGUUCUUUGUGAAUGUUACAAUAAUGAUGGAACUCCUAAUAGAACAAAUUAUCGUCAUUCGUGUCAUAAAAUUAUGCAAACUCAUACUGAUGCUCAUCCAUGGUUUGGUAUUGAGCAAGAAUAUACCCUCUUUGAUAUGGAAGGCAGUGUUCUUGGCUGGCCUAAGGGAGGGUUCCCCGGUCCUCAGGGUCCUUAUUAUUGUUCUAUCGGUGCUAACGUAGCUUUUGGCCGUGAUAUUGUUGAAGCUCACUACCGCGCUUGUCUUUAUGCUGGUGUUAAAAUUUCUGGUGUCAACGCAGAAGUCAUGCCUGGCCCAUGUGAAGGGAUCAAUAUGGGUGACCAUCUUUGGAUGGCAAGAUUUCUGCUGAAGCGUGUUGCCGAAGAUUUCGGUGCCGUGGUAUCUUUCCAUCCUAAACCAAUAAAAGGUGACUGGAAUGGAGCAGGUUGUCACACGAAUUAUUCAACACAGGCCAUGCGUGAGGAAGGUGGCAUUAAAGCAAUACAUGAUGCUAUUGAUAAAAUGGCAACAAGACAUGCUGAACAUAUAGCUGUUUAUGGUGAAGAUAAUGAUCAACGUCUAACGGGUCAUCACGAGACAGGGCACAUAUCUCAAUUCUCAUAUGGUGUUGCAAAUCGUGGCGCUUCAAUUCGUAUACCGCGACAUGUUGCUGCUGAAGGGAAAGGCUAUCUGGAAGAUCGACGUCCGGCUUCAAAUAUUGAUCCGUAUCGUGUCACUCAUGUGAUCGUCGAAUCCACCCUGGCCUAG